AUGGCGCAACAACCAGACUUCCAAUCCCACCUACAUCAGCAGCUCAACGGCAUCUACAAUCCCUCCGUGAGCGCAUCCAGCCCCGAGGCCGCCGUCGCCAUGCAGAGUCUGCAGCGCCAUCUGGCGUGGUACGAGCAGCACUUUGGCAUCAGCGCCUCGGACGGCAACCCCAAUCCCAGCAUGCAGCAGACACCAUUCGGUCAGGCCAGCCAUCCCGUCGCCGGCGACGUGGCUGCACCCGUCUUCCUGUCGCAAGCGCCUAUCCAAGCCGUGUCAACAACACCCGUCUCGCACGGUCACUCGCAUACAGUCCCCAACACUCCGCAGAACUACAACCAAAGCUGGCCGAUUCCACCGCCUUCGCACGCCAAGCAUCAGCGCAGUCAGAGCUAUCAAUUCGACGUCGCUCCAAUGGCUCAGGGCCAUGACGGGGGCCAAUUCGUAUCGCAAGAUGCCAUGUUCAACAACGGCGGCUCGUUCAGCUUUUCGAGCGAGCAGGACUACGCAGCGUCAGCAUAUUCUUCCUCAGUCGUAGACCCAUCUUCGCCGCCCCACCAACACAGUACGCCAAUGCCAACUCUCUUCGAGGAGCCUCUUACAGGCUAUGGCCAAGCGCAGCCGCGUCCCGACCUUCUCCUGCAGGCCGCCGCGGGCGCCGAGCAGGACUUCAACGACCCGAACUUCAUGAUGGGUGGAGGUCUUAUGUGUCCGGAGCAGGCCGCACUUGAUGCAGCAGGAAUCGAUGCGACCUACAUUGAUACCGGUAUCACCGAAGAGCAGAUCAAUUCAUGGCUUGUUCAUCCGGUGGAAAAGGGCGAGUCCUACCACUGCAAGUGGGAGGGUUGUGACACCAAGAUCAACCGCAAAGAGAACGCCCGCUCGCACGUCCAGAACCACCUCGACGACCGCCGCUUCCGCUGCAAUCCGUGUGGCAAGCGCUUCAACCGUUUGCACGACACGAAGCGGCACCACCUCACCCACACGAACGAGAGACCGGCAAUUUGCCCAUGUGGUAAGACCUUCGCUCGCGCAGACGCACUGACUAGGCAUCGGCAGCGUGACAUGUGCGAGGGAGUACUUCCGGGGUUCGAGAAGGCUGAAGAGGAGAAGCCGAAGCGAGGUCGGCCGAAGAAGGACAGAUCCUCCGAGCCUGGCGACAAGUCGAAGCGCCCGACUCGUCCGGACAUGGAGACCAGAGCCAGGAAGGCAGCGCUCGCACGCUCACUGGACCAGGCGAAUGGAAGGCUGACGGAGAGCAUGAGCUCUGCAGCCAGCGUCCACAGCCUGCCAGCUACGCCACCUCAAGACUCGGACGAUAUGGACGCAGACUUCUUGGGCAUGAGCAGCGCAGAUGGACAGUUCAACCAGGCGGCUGGCACAUGGCUCGACACUCCACCAACAUCGCCUCCGUCUGCAAUCCCAGCCAGGCAUGCCCAAUCGAAGAUCUUCAUCGACCUCAGCAUUCCAGAGGAGCCAGAGAGUGUGUCACCUUCCAAGCUGUCAACUCGUUCCUCGCCUUGUCCAGCAAAUGGGCCAGCCGGCUCGUCCUUUCACGAUGGCUCGAGUCCAGCAGGCGACGCCAACACGUUGUUCGCGGACUACUCCUCACCAGCGGCCUUCAACGGCACGACCGACUUCACCGGAGAGUCCAGCCCGAUGGAGCCAGGAGUCGACAUCUUCAACGACACUCUGAACUUUGACGCCAUUGACUGCCAUCCAGAUGUCGGUCGCGAUGUCUUCUCUCCGCCAGGCGAGUCGUGCAGCGGCUCCAGCGUCUACAACUCCGACUGGGACACGGUCCAUGUCGGCCUACGCAACGGCGUCAAGAACUCCAACAACUCGUCGGGCGGCUUCUAUUCGGAGAGCCUCAGUGCCGUCUCGACGCACAAUGCCUUCCCACUGGACGACUUCAUGCCUUCUGCUGAUGAUGAGUACGACGAGGUCCGCGACAUGCUGGACUCUUGGGUGGCGUCGCACUAG